GGGAAAGGCAGAUAGUAGAGAAACGGGGGGAGGACGGUGGAUGAUUUACGCUUUAAAAGUUGCAGCAAAAUAAAUCUGAGAGUUGCGGCGAAGAGGAUUACAUCAAGAUGAUAACGCCGUACUUCCUGGAGAAUUUCUGGGGUGAAAAAAAUAAUGGCUUCGACGUGCUCUACCAUAACAUGAAGCAUGGCCAGAUAUCCUCCAAGGAGCUGACAGACUUCAUCAGAGAAAGGAGUACGAUUGAAGAGGCCUACGCCAGGUCUAUGACGAAACUCGCCAAAACAGCAGGCAACUUUUCCCCUCUAGGCACUUUCGCUCCAGUAUGGGAUGUGUUCAAGAGCUCAACAGAGAAGCUGGCUGGGUGUCACAUGGAGCUGGUGAGGAAGCUCCAGGAGCUUAUUAAAGAGGUGCAGAAGUAUGUGGAGGAGCAGGCCAAAGCACACAAGAAGACAAAAGAGGAAGUGGCGUCCACCCUGGAGGCGGUGCAGAACAUCCAGACCAUCUCUCAGGCCCUGCAGAAAUCCAAGGAGAUCUACAACGCCAAAACUGUGGAGCAGGAGCGCCUCCGCAAAGAGGGGGCCACCCAGAGAGAUGUGGACAAGGCUGGAGUGAAAGCCAAAAAAGCCACAGAGACGUACAAGUCAUACGUGGAGAAAUACGCCACAGCCAAGUCAGAGUUUGAACAGAAGAUGGCAGAAACUGCACAGAAAUUCCAAGACAUUGAAGAAAACCACAUCCUCCACAUGAAGGAGAUCAUCCAGUCAUACUCGCAGUCCGUGGAUGAAACGCAUGUUCAGAUCGGAGAGGUCCACACUGAGUUUGUGAGGAACAUCGAGAACACCUCAGUGGAGGGUUUAAUACAGAAACUGGCCGAGAGUAAAGGAACAGGAAAGGAGAGGCCAGGGCCCAUUGAGUUUGAGGAGUGCAAUGCAGCUAUCGCUACUGAAGGUGCUAAACCCAGAAGAAGAAAACCAUUCGGCAUCCCAGGUCGCAGGAAAGACAAAGACACCGACUCCACGGAGUCGACAGAAGUGGAAGCUGCUAACACUGCCAAUGGCGCUCCCCCCGGAUACUACGGCGCCAUCGACAUCCAGAACGCUAAUGUCCCCCAGGUGGAUGCAGAGGGCUUCUGUAUCAGACCAGAGCUCAAUGAUGAUGCCAAAGAGAACUCCUUCUAUUCGUCCAGCGACUCGGAGGACGAAGACGAGCCCAGGAAGUUCCACGUAGAAAUCAAACCCGUGCAGCCGAACAACGGCACGCAUCAGAACAAAGCCACCAUCGACGAGCUCAAGGCGUCCAUCGGAAACAUCAUCCUGUCUCCUUCUACCUCGGGGCAGAUGCGGAGGAAUCAGUCCAGCGAUGAGCUGGCGAAACCCAGAGUGCCAACAACAUAUGAACUGGCCAACAAUGACCUUCUGUCUCUGGAUCCUUUCAGUCCUACAGUGAAUGCAGGAAGCUCCUCUCUCUCUACAUCCUCAUCUACAGACCUUGCCUCUAUCUUCCUUUCAAUCCCUUCAUCUCCAUCUUUACUGAUCGAUGACUCAGACGUCUUUCUGCAAGAGUCCUCAGUUGAGACGAUGCAACAACCCGAGCGCUCCCCUCCUCUGGCAGAAAAUCAACACUCCAAAGAGGUCUCCUCUUUCUCCUCAUCCACAUCCUCUCCCUGGGACUCACCUGAAAACCCUUUCCAAGCACUCAAACCUGUACCAGCGAGGGCCCAGAGCGCCCCCAUCACCCUGCCCACCGAGCCGGUCGACCCCAUCAGAAGCCCCACAUCCUCCAGCCCUCCGAAGAGCAGCGACGCCUUCUCCUCUGUUUCCUGGUCCCAGAGCCAGUGGAUCGCCUUCAGCGAUAACUUUGCUCCUCCUCGCCGUCAGAGCUCAGGGUCGUCUGUGAAGGAGCUGCAGAGGCCGCCGUCUGGCUCAGGAAGGUCAAGUCGGUUCCUCUCCGAUGACUCUGCAGACUCGUUCAGCAGAGCAGGAGUGAGCAAAGAAGAUGGAAACCAAGGCUUCUCUGAUGUCUUCUCUGGAGUUACAGAUUGGACAAUGGCUGCAGCUUCAUCGUCCAAAAUCUACAAUGUUCCAGUCCCAAACCGGCCGACAACUCCACUCACAGCUGGAGCUUUGCAGCCCCCGCCUCGACCGUCCUCCAGGCCCAAACUCUCCUCUGGGAAACUCACAGGAAUCAAUGAAAUAGUACGGCCGUUCAGUCCACCCAAGACGUCUAACGCCAGCCCUCCUCCCUCUGCACCACUCGCCCGAGCGGAGAGCUCCUCCUCGCUGUCCUCGAACGCCUCACUCAGCGCUGCAAACACGCCCACCGUUGGAGCUGAGCACACCUCCUCUCUUCCCCUCUCCUCCCCCGAGCCAGAGCUGCUCUCCCUCUCUCCUUUUUUUCUCCUAAGCCAAAAGGAUGAUGUGUUCAUAGCCAAGCUGCCUACCUUUGAGAAGCGAUGUGAGACCCCUGCAGGGACAUCUCGCGGUCCAAGCCCUGUGACCCUCGCAUCCCAAGAUGCUUUGCCCAUUGCCGUGGCCUUCACAGAAUCGGUUAAUGCUUACUUCAAAGGAGCUGAUCCCACUAAGUGUAUUGUGAAGAUCACAGGAGACAUGACGUUGUCGUUCCCAAUGGGCAUCAUCAAGGUGUUCACCACCAACCCCUCCCCCGCCAUGCUCACCUUCAAACUGAAGAACACCAGCAGGCUGGAGCAGAUCUUGCCCAAUCAACAGCUACUAUUCAGUGAUCCUUCCCAAAGUGACUCGAACUCCAAGGACUUCUGGUUCAACAUGCAAGCACUGACGUCCUACCUCAGAAAAGCCUCCGAACAGAAUCCUUCGGCUUCCUACUAUAAUGUAGACAUCCUCAAGUACCAGGUGCAGUCUGACGGGAUCCAUUCCACUCCUCUAAACCUGGCCGUUUACUGGAAGUGCACACCGACUACGUCAGACCUGCGGGUAGAUUACCGAUACAACCCCGAGUCUAUGGCCGCACCGGGGCCGCUCACAAACGUCCAGGUCUUAGUGCCAGUAGAUGGGGGAGUCACCAGCAUGCAGUCUUUACCAAACUCCCUCUGGAAUUCAGAGCAGAACAAAUGUCUGUGGAAGCUGAGCGACAUCUCAGAUAAGUCCGAAAAUGAAGGCGCAGGGUCCCUGAGGGCCAAGUUUGAGCUGUCAAACGGCCCAUCAAACCCCUCCACCCUGGCGGUGCAAUUCAUGAACGAGGGGAGCACCCUGUCGGGAGUGGACAUGGAACUACAGGGAGCAGGAUACCGACUUUCUCUCAACAAAAAGAGGUUUGCAACAGGACGUUACAUGGCAGAUUGCUAAGUUGACCCAUCACUCUGAUUCUCAAGAAAAAAAUAUCUUGCUUGACACAACUUUGCAAGACUUCCCGACCCUCUGGAUCCAUCCAAGCACAACUGUGCAUUUCGCCUGAAAAGCGAGAAACUCACUACAAUAAAACAGCACUGAGUAUUGAACACUGUUUAUAAAAAAGAAAAUAAAAGAAAAAGUAAGAUGAGCUUUCAGGAUAUGUGUAGAUAUGAAGUCUAAUGAUGCUUUCUGAUCAAUUCACUUUUGUAUAGUCAGAAAACAAUUUAUGGAUUAGAUAUAAAUCUAUAUUGUAUUUGAAAUCAUGAAAAAAACAAAGAAAAAAAUGCACUAACAAUCUUUCAGAUGCUCCUUUUCCUCCUUGUAUUCAUCUUUCAAGAGCCUUUCAGGAAUAUAAAAACAAAAUCACGUCUGCAUGGAAAAGAAGAGAAGGUUUCUCUUUCUUCUCUCUCCGAUUUGUAAAUAUUAACGCUGAAUUUUCUGCUCGACCAGCUCUGACUCAACUCAAAUCAGUUUUGUUUACUGGUUUUUCUCUCUUCCUUUUCCUCCUCACGAUUUGUCUUUUUUGAUCAUGUGCAAUGAAGCGAUGAAGGUAGAAUCUGUCUUAAACCGGACUCACACACUCGUGGCACAAGCUCGACCUUUAAAACAACAUCGAAGUGCUUUCAAACAAAUGCAAAAAAAUAAGUCUGACCUCAGUGCCUCCUCUUAUACUGUGGUUCAAUAAGCAACAAAAGAGCGUCAAAGUUUUUACCCACAUGUGGGCUCUCUAGAUUUAAGCUACGUUUCUUUGUGCUAAAAUGCACAGAGCGUUUUUAUAAACAAUCACCCUUGAAGGGGUCUGUGAUUGGUGCAGUCCUUUUAGGAUUUUUUCCCUUGUAAAUCCCCUUUUCAUUCAUCCCUUUAUUUUUUACAUUUUGAAGCCCUCUACAUAAAAAAAGUCCAUUUUGAUUGUGAAACAUUGUGUCAAAUGUUAGCUGUUUUGAAAAACGUCCAGCAUCGUUCCCCAGAAUUCAACCUGCAGCAUUUUUUCUAAAACUGGCGGCAUUUUUAAAUCAAUUUUUGUGCCCUAAUGUUGGAGAAAUGUGCCUGAGUCUAACUUUUUCAGUCUUUAUAUUUUUUUGUAUGCUACAGCAUGGUAAAUAAGAAAGCAACAACAAUGUGCCAGUCAUGUUUUUUUUUUACUCUGUUCUUUGGAUGUUGAAGGGAAAAAGUUUUUACAACCCAACCGUCUUCCAUAAAACGAAUGAAUCAUUUUGCCUUCUGUGAUCGAUCGUUGAUUAUUUUUUAUAUCUUUUUUCUACACAGUGCUCAUCAGUUGACCUCAUCCUUACCCUCACUGUGCAGGAGACUGUGUACACUAGCCGUAGCACAAUAAAGGCCAAAUUAAUGAUCGAGAUGCCUUAAAAUAACUACUCAGUUUUGAGUAAUCCAGUGUGAGUUCAAUGUGGUUAGAUGUCGUGGCACAACACUGCCUUUAGAUCAACUACCUGUCCUGCCUCUUACCAGGUGCAUGCUGGGAUACAACUCUGAACAACAAAAAUUAAAAUUUCAUGAAUAAAUCAUAGACUGUAUAUAUAAGAAGUAAACUCACCCUAUCAUUGUGCUGUAUGCCAGAUUUGCAAAUUGUAUAAACACUGGGAAUCUGUCAAAUUGUCACAAUUUCACCUCUUCUUAAAUUGAUAAGCCACUUUAAAAACUCAAAUUGCAACAAAAAGGGGUACACGGCCCAACUUCAUGUUAAAAUAGAUAAUUAUCUUUAAUUUUAAAGUGCUCAUCCAAACCAGUGUUGCACAGUGCUUUGCAAAACAUCAAAGUCAAGCAAUAGAAACACUAUAAAAGAAUGAAUUAUCAAUUAAAAAAGGAAAAAAUACCAAAAGUUAAGUAAUUAAUUAAAAUCUGGCUUUAUAGAAUAAUAAAAUAGAUAAUCCUAAUAAUAAAUGUAAAAAAUAAAAACCUAAACUAGUGAUUGAUAAAAGCAUUCAUUUUACCAUGGGUAAAACACAACCCACAAUGAGGCUAUUUGAUAAAUAUAUGUCUUUAAAAGUGAUUCAAAAGACAACACUGAUGUAGGUUUCGCCAACAACCCACUCCUAGAUAACCUCAUUACAAGAAGUGGACUUCAAACUGCCAUCUAAAUGGUGCACAAAAUUGUAACUACCUUCAGACAGCUUACUAGCUUAUAAUACUUUUUAGCUGACUUGAACUACUAAAGGUCAGUAAACAUAACUGUUAGCCAGCUGUGCAGUACGUGUCGACCUUUAUCUGCUUAGUACCACCCACAAAAUUUUAAUUUGCUAACUAGCCUUACUGUCAGCUAGCUUGUAGUAUGAGUGCCCUGACAAAUCUACUUUAAAUGCAGUUUUACUAGCAAGUGCCUCUUCAACUGCUAACAUUAGUGCAUCAUGAGUUAUUCUUUUAUUAGCAACUGUUGCUACUGCUAGCCAACCUCACUGUAAGCUAGGUUGCAGUAAAAAGUACCCCUUGAAAUGCUGACAACAGUACUCCAUGUGUCUUUUAUACUAGCUAACUAUUGUUAGUGUUAGCUAGCUUACCUCACUGUCAGCUAGCUUGUAGUUUGAGUUCCCCCUUCAACAGCUAGCAGAAGUACAACAGUAUCUUUUAGCUGGAUUUGUAGUGUUGGUUAGGUAACCUUACUGUAAGCUAGCUCACAUUAAGAGUGCCUGUAUAACUGCUGACCCAUCAUCUAGGCCCAUCAUCAGUAUACUUUUAUUAGCCUGCUAUCAUUAUUGCUAGCUCAUGGUAGGAGUGCUAGUUAAAUGAGUUUAAUUCUUUCUCAGUCUAGCUAUAGUAAUUGCCAGCUAGCUUUACUGACAGUUUUCAGUAUGAGUGCCUCUAUAAAUGCUAACUACAGUCCAUCAUAAGUUACUUUUUCAUUAUCUAGCUGUUAUUGCUAGUUAACCUUGCUGUCAGCUAUGAGCUCCUCUUCAUUUGCUGACUACAGUUCAUUAUGGAUACAAUUUUACUAGAGGCAAUAUGCCCCAAAUUGCACCCUGAAUUAAAUGCUAACUAUUUUGAGCAAAAAGUGCACAGAUAAUAUUGCCAAAAUAAGUAUAUACAACUCCUUUUCCACUGCAGACUGGAGCAGACCCUCAGAUAAGACCUGUUAUGUAACAAAAAGAGAAUGUGUUGUGAAUAAGGAAUUGGCUUGGAUUGAAAAAUGAUUCUGAACUAAAUCGUGACAUACUGAAAGAUUCACAUCCUACCAAACAAUAUGUAAGAUAGAUCAUUUUUAUAAGAAGCCUGCUUACAUUACAUGACAUCACCGUCAGCUACUAGCUAAGACUUCUUUGAAUUUUAACGAUGGCAGCAGUCAAACACCAGACUCUCUCUAAAUACAAUGGGGUUAUCACACUUCAUAUGUACAGUCUAUGGCAGUGGUUCUCAGCUGGUCUAGCCUCAGGACCCACUGCAACCCAAAGAUAUUGUGGCCCAAAUUUCCAGAAAUGUUCAACCGCUCAUUUUUCAAUGAAAAAUGUCACAGUUUGGACCUUAGAAAAAACUUAAAACUGAACAAAAACAUGGGAGGGCAUGCAUGCAAACAUCAAUUUCACUCUAUUUGAGAUUUGGAGGCAUUGCUAUUCCAUGAUAAUACAAUAAAGAAGCCUAGAUCUUAGGAAAAUAAGCAGAAGUUACUUCUUGUUGCGUAAAAACUGAUUAAAAUGAAAUAUAUAGAUGUAUGUAAGCUAAAGUUUUUGUACAUCUUAGACUUUCUGUGACAACCUACUUCUGGUCCUGAACCACUGAUUGAGAACCACUUGUCUUUGUGAUGAAAAGAUGAUUGUCACAUUUGGCUCUUGGUGCUUCACUCUUGCCUUAACCUGUGAAGGCUGUUGUUCUAGAGGCUGUUGUAUUCCUUAAUGAUGUAUCCUCAAUUGUACAGGACGUUUGUCAUUGACCUUAAUACAGUCUUUGGAUUGGUUUAUGAGUUGGCAUAUCAGGAGAUGAGUUGCCUGGAAGCUUUGACCUUUAAGGGCUGGAGUUUCAUACACUGUGCUUCAUGUGGCUAACUGAACUCUGAGCUAAGGUUUUAAACAAUAACAGUAGCCAGGGUUUAUUUAUGUAGUCCAUUUUUAAUGUUUUCUAUCUUUGUAGUACUCAAUUUAACACUCAAGCCUUUAUUAAGGAUGAAGAGGCAGCCAUUCUUCCUGAGAUGGGUGAUUUAAAUGUCGAUUUCAGUCAUGUCAAUGAUUUAAAUUUUAUAUUCGUCUUUAAACGUUACUCAGCCAAAUGUUUGAAGGUAGUCAAAUUAAAUGAGUUUACAUGAAAUCCUGAAACUGUAGCACCAGACAGUUGUACAGUGAGAAAUCGACGUGUCGCUCUGUGUUUUCUCUACAUGAAUCUAUCAGUGGUUUUGGUCAAAUUAGCCAAAAAGAGCACAAAAAAUGUUUUCAGUCUUGGCAAGCUGGUUCUUGCUGUCCCCAAAAACGUUGGAAACAAACCUAACAGGGCUCCUUUUUCACUUUCACAUUCUUUCUUUCUUUAUAUGUUGUAUUAAACAGAGUUUAAAGAGAGCAAAAUUGUGUAAAUGAUUCUCAUAAAUUGUACAUUUUUACCAAUAUCACAGCCACUUUUUGUCUUUACUUUAUGAUUUCUCAUUGUGCCUGUAUUAAAUGUGUAAUAUAUGAAUAUAUACAAAUAUAUUAAAAUGACUAAAUGUG